GGGUGAGGCGGUCUCGGAAAGUUACUGUAACUUUCCAAUGUCGGCGAGGUUGGGAUUGGAGUGUUCGAGGCCGGUGGCAGAACUGCAGAAUCAACUCUAACUUCAGUGUUUGAGAGUAGGGGGGGAGAGAGAGAAAGUUUGUUCGCCCGCUUGUGUGUGUUUCUCGUCCUCUCUCUCUCUAUGAGGAGCGUUGAGAGGAGGUAACCGCCGAGAGAUGGGAGCCAGCCGGCUGUGGUGGAAUUUGUGGGGCUUGCUGAGGAUUGUGGCUGUGUGUGGAGCAUUACAGUGUCGUGACUCCUCUCAACCGUGCAUUAAUAGAGGAAAAUGUGUAACCCAUCAGAACGGGACUGGAGAAUGUGUGUGUCAGCCAGGAUUUGUCGGUGAAUUCUGCCAGCACUCGGACCCCUGCCUGAUUUCAACCUGCCAUCACGGAGGCACAUGCCACACUUCAGUCACAGAAGGGAAGAUACAGAGAUCGUGUAAAUGUGCUUUGGGAUAUAAGGGUGAGCGGUGUGAGGCGACUGUCGCCAAUGUCUGUUUGAACAAUCCUUGCCUAAAUGGAGGAACCUGCCGUCUCAUUACCCUCGAGAAGUAUGAAUGUGAUUGUCAGCAAGGAUGGUUAGGUAAAAACUGCCAGCAAGUAGAUUUCUGUGCCUCUCAGCCAUGUGCUAAUGGGGGCAAAUGUAGCAGUUCAAGAGACAAUUACACCUGCAGCUGCCUCCCGGGCUACACCGGAUCCCACUGCCAGACUGACAUCGAUGAAUGCCACACUGGGAAUCUGUGCCAGAACAGUGGCACCUGCCAGAAUGUACCAGGAUCAUACAACUGCCUGUGCAAACCAGGAUUCACUGGGACCAAUUGUGAGAGUGAUUAUGUUGCCUGCUCGCCAUCGCCGUGCAUGAAUGGGGGCACCUGCCGAUCAACCAACGAUGACCUAACCUACGAAUGCAACUGCCUGCCAGGAUUUAGUGGAAAGGACUGUGAGAUCAACAUUGAUGACUGCCCUGACCACAAAUGUCAGAAUGGUGGUACCUGUGUGGAUGGAGUGAACACUUACAAUUGUCGUUGUACACCUGAAUGGACAGGUCAGUUUUGUACAGAAGAUGUAGAUGAGUGUCAGCUGCAGCCAAACGCAUGUCAGAAUGGCGGCACCUGCUCCAACAACAUCGGAGGUUAUAACUGCGUCUGUGUCAAUGGCUGGAGUGGUGACGACUGCAAUGAGAACGUCGAUGACUGUGCGAGUGCUACUUGCAUGAAUGGGGCCACAUGCCAUGAUCGUGUGGCAUCGUUUGUUUGCGAAUGCCCUGUUGGCAAAGCUGGUAUUUUCUGUCAGGUGGAUGAUGCGUGUGUUAGUAACCCAUGUCAUGAAGGAGCCACAUGUGAAACCAAUCCUCUAAAGAGAAGCUUCUUUUGUAGUUGUCCCCCUGGAUACAGGGGAGCUAUCUGUGAUGAGGAUAUCAAUGAAUGUGCGCUGGGAGGCAAUCCCUGUGAACAUGGAGGGAAAUGUGUCAACACCAAGGGCUCUUUCCGCUGUGAAUGUAUUGUGGGUUACACAGGACCGCGUUGUGAGACGGACGUCAAUGAAUGUCUUUCCAUGCCAUGCCAGAAUGAUGCCACCUGCUUGGACCAGAUUGGUGAAUUCAAGUGCAUCUGUAUGCCAGGUUUUGCGGGGACGUACUGUCAGUUGAACAUCGACGAGUGUGAAAGCCAGCCAUGCUUAAACAACGGUGUGUGCAAGGAUGAGGUGAACAGAUUUGCUUGCAAAUGCCCAUCUGGUUUUGCUGGGAGUAUGUGCCAGAUUGACAUCGAUGAGUGUGCCAGCACACCAUGCCAACAUGGAGCCAAGUGUAUUGAUCGCCCAAAUGCCUUUGAAUGUGAUUGCAGUGAAGGCUUUACAGGGACUACCUGCGAGAUUAAUGAAGAUGAUUGCUUCCCGGACCCUUGCCACUAUGGAAAAUGUGUGGACGGAAUAGCUAGCUACACCUGCAACUGUACAGCCGGCUACAAGGGUCCAAUCUGCAGUGAGCAGAUCAAUGAAUGCCAAAGUAGUCCCUGCCAGAAUGGUGGCACCUGUCAAGAUCGUGUGAACAAUUACAUCUGCCACUGUCCUGUUGGUACCUCGGGUGUCAAUUGUGAGAUUAACUACGAUGACUGCAUUAGCAAUCCAUGUAGUUAUGGGAGCUGUCAAGAUGGUAUUAAUCGGUACGACUGUGUAUGCAGCCCUGGCUAUACAGGUCCCAUGUGCAACAUUGACAUCAAUGAGUGCGCAUCCAACCCAUGUCACAAUGGUGGCACAUGUUUCGAUCAGAUGAAUGGCUUCACAUGCCGUUGCCCUGAGGGCUAUCACGAUGCUCACUGUAUAUCUGAAGUUGAUGAGUGCAAGAGUAGUCCUUGUAUCCAUGGCAGAUGUGUGGAUGACGUCAACAGUUACCAGUGCGUUUGCGAAGCUGGUUGGGCAGGGAUCAACUGUGAUGUGGACAAAGAUGAGUGUGAGUCAAAUCCCUGUCAGGAAGGAGGAACCUGUGAGAACCUAAUCAAUGGCUACAAGUGCACAUGUGUGAAGGGAUUCAAAGGUUCCAACUGUGAAAUCAAUAUAAAUGAAUGUGCAUCAAACCCCUGUCUGAACAAAGGAGUCUGCGUUGAUGGUGUGAAUUCCUACCACUGUGUCUGCACUCUCCCAUACACUGGUGAGGAUUGUGAGUUUGUUCUUGCUCCAUGUUCCUCCCAACCAUGUGAAAAUGGAGGUGUUUGCAGUGAAACUGAGGACUAUGAGAAUUACAUGUGCACCUGCACAAUGUAUUGGCAAGGUCAGAGGUGCUCAGUGGACAUUGAUGAGUGUGUUACUGACCCGUGUAAAAAUGGUGCUUCUUGUCAAAAUACCCCUGGGAACUACGAGUGCCGAUGCCUCCCUGGCUACACUGGAGUGAACUGCGAGACAAAUAUCGAUGACUGCAGCCCCAAUCCAUGCCAGAAUGGAGGUUCCUGUAUCGAUCUUGUCAACACGUUCUCCUGCAACUGCCUGGCGGGGUUCACUGGUAAUAAAUGCCAGCAGGAGAUAAAUGAGUGCUUGAGCAACCCGUGUCUGAACGAUGGGAACUGCUCUGACUAUGUCAACAGCUAUGUCUGCAAGUGCCCUCUCGGCUUCAACGGGAUUCACUGUGAAAACAACAUGCCCGACUGUACAGAAAGCUCCUGCUUCAAUGAUGGAACCUGUAUCGACGGCAUCAACUCGUACACCUGCCGCUGCCGACCCGGCUUCACCGGUUCCAACUGCCAGUUCGAUAUCAAUGAGUGUGACUCCAAACCGUGCCAAAAUGGGGCCACCUGUAUCGACGGGCUAGGGGGCUACCGGUGCACCUGCCCCUCCGGCUACUCGGGUAACAACUGCCAGACCUUGGUGAACCUGUGUAGCGGGUCACCCUGUAAAAACAGAGGCAAGUGUGUGCAGCGAGGUGCCACGUACCGUUGUGAAUGUCAGAGUGGAUGGACCGGGCUGUAUUGUGACGUACCAGAUGUGUCCUGUGAGGUGGCUGCUCAUCAGAGAGGCUUGACUAUUGAGCAACUGUGUCAGCAUUCUGGGAUAUGCAUCAAUAUAGGCAACAGUCACCAGUGCCAGUGCAUGUCUGGGUACACUGGCAGCUAUUGCCAGCUGGAUGUGGAUGACUGUGCCUCAAACCCAUGCCGCAAUGGAGCCACCUGCAGAGACUACCUGGGAAGCUAUACCUGCGAGUGUGUUCCAGGGUACCAAGGUGUCAACUGUGAAUAUGAAGUAAAUGAAUGCCAACUCUAUCACUGUCAGAAUGGAGGAAAAUGCAUCGACCUGGUGAAUGAUUACAAGUGUUCCUGUCCACCGGGAACUGGAGGUGUCCUGUGUGAAAUAAACAAUGAUGACUGUGAACCUAAUGUUGAUCCGCACACUGGGGAGCACAAGUGUCUAAACGGUGGCCGAUGCGUUGACAGAAUCGGUGGUUAUAGCUGCAUCUGCCCGCCAGGUUUCAUUGGAGAACGCUGUGAAGGGGAUGUUAAUGAGUGCCUUUCCAAUCCAUGUGAUCGCAAGGGCAGCCUCGACUGUGUGCAGUUAACCAACGAUUACCUGUGCAGAUGCCGGCCUGGUUUCACAGGCCGUCACUGUGAGACUAUUGUUGACCUGUGCCUUUCUCAGCCCUGCCAGAAUGGAGGUACCUGCAUGUUUGCUGUAAACACCCCACUUGGUUAUACUUGCCAGUGCAGACCUGGUGUGGUGGGAGCAAGUUGCGAAUACACCAACUAUACCUGCGGGCAGAUGUUGUGCCUGAAUGGUGGGACUUGUUCCAUGACUCCCCAUGGCCCCAGGUGCCUGUGUUUGAACGGAUUCAGAGGCUCAGAGUGCCAGCUGCCCACCUGCUCUGCCAGACAAUGCCACAAUGGUGGGACCUGUCUCCUAAACUCCACGCCACCAUUCUUCAGCUGCCAGUGUCCCCUGCAGUACCGUGGCCCAAGAUGCACUGAGCUGGUGAGGAAGAGCUGCCAGUUACCUCUGUGCAAGGAGAAGGCCAGGGACCGAGUCUGCCACCAGGAGUGCAACAACCACGAGUGUGAGUGGGACGGCGGUGACUGCUCGCUCUCCUUGAAACCUUGGGAGAACUGCACCGAGAGCCUGCAGUGCUGGAACUACUUCAACAACAACCAGUGUGACGAGGCCUGCAACACUCCAGAGUGCCUGUUUGACAACUUCGACUGUCAGUCCUCUCCGAAAACCUGCAACCCCUUUUAUGAGAAGUACUGUGCUGACCACUAUCAAGAUGGACGUUGUGACCAGGGCUGUAACACUGAGGAGUGUGGCUGGGAUGGCCUGGACUGUGUGGAUGACCUGCCCGAGCGACUGGCCAAGGGGACGCUGGUAGUGAUUGUCCUCCUGCCACCAGAGGAGCUUCUCAAGGACGCUGUGAACUUCCUUCGAAGGCUCGGGGCCCUGCUGCACACUAUCGUGAGAUUCAAGAGGGAUGCGAAUGGAGAGCCAAUGAUCACCCCUUACUAUGGUCAUGGCUCCAGGAUGAAGAGAUUUCUCAGAAGAGUGAGAGAGCUUGAGCGAAAAGUUAUAGGUUCUGAAGUCUGCUUGGAGAUUGACAAUCGUCAGUGUUUUCAAACGUCGGAGGAUUGCUUCCCAUCAACCGAGAGUGCUGCUGCCUUCAUUGCUGCCCAGUCCAGCAAGGGCAACCUGCCUUACCCCAUUGAGUCUGUUGAAAGUAAACCUAGUGAUCAUAGAAUCCAGGAAUCGCUGAGCCUCCUGUACCUUUUGAUGGUUGCUGUAGGGAUCAUCAUCCUUAUUCUGAUACUUGGUGUUGUAGCGGCUAAACGCAAACGCAAGCUGGGCCCACUGUGGUUCCCAGAGGGCUUCGUCCUGAAGAAGGGUGGCAAUCGUAAACGUCGUGAGCCCGUGGGGCAGGAUGCAGUGGGAAUGAAAAAUCUCUCAAAGCCAUUACCGGAUGACAGCAUGAUUGAUGACAACCAGAAUGAACAAUGGAUGGAAGGUGGAGGGCCUGAAGCAAAGAAGCCAAAGACUGAAGAUCAAGCCCUACUGCCAGAGAAUGAAGACCAGGUUGACCGUCGACCAUGGACGCAGCAGCAUUUGGUGGCAGCAGAUAUCCGUUUAACACCAACCCUGACUUUAACCCCACCUCAAGCGGAGCAGGAUGCUGAAAGCAUAGAUGUCAAUGUUAGAGGUCCAGAUGGUUUUACACCACUUAUGUUGGCAUCAUUAAGAGGUGGCGGGCUGGACACUGGAAUUGAGGAGGAGGAGGACACUGAGGACUCAUCGGCCAAUGUCAUCACUGACCUCAUAUACCAGGGUGCCAGCCUCCAUUCCCAGACAGACCGGACUGGAGAGACAUCUCUUCACCUGGCUGCACGUUAUGCUCGGGCAGACGCUGCCAAACGUCUGCUCGAUGCAGGCGCCGACGCCAACGCCCAGGAUAAUAUGGGUAGAUCACCUCUUCAUGCAGCUGUGGCAGCAGAUGCACAGGGGGUUUUCCAGAUUCUGAUCAGAAACCGGGCCACUGAUCUGGAUUGCCGAAUGAAUGAUGGCACCACCCCAUUGAGUCUGGCUGCCCGUCUGGCUGUAGAAGGGAUGGUGGUUGAACUGAUUAACUGCCAUGCAGAUGUUAAUGCUGUGGAUGAUCAUGGAAAAUCAGCACUUCACUGGGCAGCAGCUGUUAACAAUGUGGAUGCAACCCAUGCUCUCCUGAAGAAUGGAGCCAACAAAGACAUGCAGGACAACAAGGAGGAGACACCCUUGUUUCUUGCUGCAAGGGAAGGCAGUUUUGAAGCUGCCAAAAUCCUACUGGACCACUUCUCCAACCGUGACAUUACUGACCACAUGGACAGACUGCCCCGUGACAUUGCACAGGAGCGAAUGCACCAUGACAUUGUGCAACUGCUGGAUGAGUACAACCUUGUGCGGAGCCCGCAGGGCCCUGCUGGACCCAUGAUGGGACCCAAUGUGUCUCCAGUGACCUGCUCGACUGGUGGCUCUUUUAUGAACCUCAAGAUGACUCCCAUGGGCAAGAAGGCAAGACGGCCAAGCACCAAGGGCCUCACUCCAGGCAACGCUAAAGACUCUAAGGAAGCCAAAGCCAGGAGGCGGAAAAGAUCAAUCGGCAAUGAGAAAGGGGCCAUUGCAGAGGGGUCACUGACUCUGUCCCCAGUCGAGUCACUGGAAUCCCCACAUAACUACUUAUCCACCACAUCGCCACCUGUACUCACAUCUUCAGGGGUUUUGCAUCAAUCUCCUCCAGCAUCUCUCCACCCGUCCACUCCGGUGCAGAGCCAGCUGGCCAUGUCCUUCUCCAACAUAAGUGAGAUAAAAGGUAUGAACAUAGACUCCCACAGAGUCUUGAGCCAGGUCCACCCCUCCAUGUCCCAUCCUUCCAUGGCUGGGCAAAGCAGCAGCCUGGGGUUGCCCUUGGGAAGGGUUGAGCAUUUGAACAUGCAGUCGGACUGGAUGAACCGGAUGGGAAUCACAACCACCCAGUACAACCCAAUGCUGGGCAUCAUGCAGCAGGUCUCUGGCUCUUACCCUAGUAUGCAACAACAGAACGCAGUGCUUCAGGCUAACAUGCCUCAAGUGCACAUGACCAUGCUCAGGGAGCAGUUACCGCAAAUACUCACCUACCAGCCCAUGAACAAUGCUGCCUCACAAUCUGUUAUCCAGCAGCAGCAGCAACAGCAAAGUGCUCAAGUAACACAGCAACAAGGGCAACCUUACUGUAGCUCAAUGACACCAGGGCCGGUCGGCAACAUGCACCAGAUGCCGGAGAUCAUCCAGCUGCCAAAUGGACAACUGAACAACUCCAUGCUGUCCACUAGCCAAGAGGGUCAGGUAUCUCAGACCACCCUGCCACCCUACCACAAGCUGCCAAGCUCAGUGCAGAUCGAUAAGUACCCCACGCCACCGUCUCAGCACAGUUAUGUUUCAGCAACAGACAACACCCCGAACCACAAUGUUCAUCUCCAGAGCGAGCACCCUUACCUAACACCCUCUCCGGAGUCCCCUGAUCAGUGGUCCAGCUCAUCUCCGCAUUCCACAUCCGACUGGUCAGACAUCACACCCAGCCCCGCUCCAAUCGGACAGCGACCACAGGUUUCACACAUUCCAGAGCAGCAGCGGAACAACAUGCAGGUGUUUGCCUGAGCAUUUGUGGCAGGAGACUUGUUGAUUGCUCGUAAUGAAGGAAGAAGAUUCCUUGUACUUCAGGUCGUGAAAUUUCCCCUUCAUUUGGUUGGGGGGAAGGAACUGUUCCUAUGAAGUACUGAACAAGUCUGGAAGAAGAACAGCUCUCUCAGAAUUUAGGAACUCAAAGAUACGACUUCAGUGUGGUUUGAAGAAGUUUUUUAUUUAUUUUAAUACUGAUGUCACUGCCUGUUUCUAUGUUUAUGUGACACUUUUUUAAAAAAAAACUUCUGUUUAGCUCUGGACUUAAGCAAGGCUUUUUUUAAACUUGCCAUUUUGUCACCAGUGUCAUCUGUGUUCUGUGUAGUUCUCCCAUCGAAUCGGAGAACUGUCCCGGUUGUAGAUGCAAGCAGAUUUGAAGGUGAAGUUGGGAUCAAACCUCAGCCUGAGGAUUGGUCGCAAAAUGUGACAACAGCAUUUACCAACCCUUGCUGAUGUGGUUGUUAAUUAAUCAGAAUACAUCAUUAAUAUUGAAGGAAAAUGCAACCUUGCCAGUCGUGGGUGGGGGAGGUUGUGAGGAGGAGAGUGGUGGGACAAGGGGAGAAACACUGAAGUUCAGUGAGUCCAUACUUCCAACUUGUCAUCCAUUGCCAGUUGCUUCCACAAGCUGACCUCUUAUUUUAAAUUGUCUUUAUAGUCUUCCAUGGUACUAAGAUUCCUAAUGUAGUACCUUCAUGUAAGUUUGUACUGAAUACUUGUCUUGUCAGCAGCACCGUGACAGAGGGAUUUGACAGGUGAAAUAGCUCAGAAAUAUUACAUUAUUGUACUGGUUUUACUUUUUAAAUGUCAAGUUUUAAUCAUUUCUGCAUCAUAGAGUCAUAGAAACUUGAGUCACCUAAAGUAUUAACAUUUCUGGUGAACCACUUAAUCGUAGUCAUCAAAACAUGCUUGCUUUCUCCCCUCACUUAAAGAAUAAGUGGAUUUGUAACUGAAGGUAAUUGCUCAGUUUUGGUAUUCUUACCGAUUAGUUCUCUUGCAACCACGAAUCACUCAUUGCUGCUUUUGAAAGGCCAGCCAAUUGAUGAAUAGACCUUGGCCCUCCAUGAGAGCAAGACUCCACUGGAUAAAUCAUUGACGAGAUUACUUUGGCAUGUGGAGUGUUGGAGAAGUUUGCUCCAUUUGUGAACAUCACCGCUGUCAAACCCUUUGGCACUUAGUGGGAGUCUCAUUGCAGCUCUCGAACAAUCCACCUCUCAUGGGCCAUGGGACCCAAUGGAUAACUCAAGACGAUUGUUUCAUUUCCUGUGACGUGAUACAGCUUGGGUGGGUUCUUAAUUUUCCAUAUUACAUCUAAAUAUAUUUCUGUCUCAAUGUAUUCCAGAGAUUACAAUUAGAUUGAAUUCACCACAUUGGAAGCUUAAAGUGAAGUGAUAAACAAUAAGUUUAACUGUGAGACUUAUUUUAUUAUGGUGAGGGCAAACCACAUGGUCUAGUCUCUGAACAGUAAUUAUUGAUCCAAACACUUUUAGAAACUUAUUUCCUUUGCUAGGCCACCCAACCUACAGAAAGGAUUUUGUCCCUGUGCUUAAAUUAUGAGAUUGGGUUAAAGGAUGGCUUCCGGUUAUAGCAUCCUCAUCCAACUCCCAGUGUCAGUUCGGAGAAGGGAUACAGGUGGCAUUUGCCACAAGAAAUGGUAUAUUUUUGAUUUUGUCCAAAGAUGCCAAACCUCUGGUAGCUGGGAUGGGGGCGGUGGUGGUGUAGGGUUGGGCAACCUCACAGUUCCCAGCAGGGAAGAAACCUAAAAAUGCUUUAUUUUCCACCGCCUCUUCCCAGGGAACCACUCUCUUCAUUGAACUCUUGAGUGGGAUUGACUGAACGUGUGAAACCCCCGUCACUCCUUACUCGUGUUUUAGUUUUUAAGCUUGUUUCUUGCCAGUUUUGAACCAUAGCUAAUCAUUUUGGAUUUUUCUCAAAGUUGUACUUUAUACUGUCAAUGGAGAAACACAGUGUUAAAUUAUAAAAUGAAAUCCCGUGUUGAGGAAAAAAAAAACCCAGGGGUUGUAACAUUUCACUGCACUUAUGAAACACAGGAAAAAUUCUUUGGUCUGUAAAAUUUACAGAUACUUAGAUUGUUAUGCUAAUAUUUGAGAGAUUUGGUGUAGAAAUCAGUUUUCUACACAUGUUUUACCACCACAGAAGAUAUUUGGAGUUGGUGCUUUUAUGUGUUAGGUUCCAGCCAUAACCUGGAGAUUAAAAUUUCUUUCUUUUUCUUUGCCUAGAUAUUGUAUAUUAUUGUGAAUUUCUGAGAGAGACAUGGUUAUGGUUUUGUACUUUCUAUGAAAUUAUUGUGGAAGUAAGCAUUGAAGGACCAAACAUUUAGAAGGUACUUUGAAAGAAAACAGGGGAUUUCAGGCGUCUGUUUUAGCUACUUACAAUGUCGAAUCAUUUGUGAAAUUACACUUGGGUCAAAGGGCAUAGCCCAAUCAGUAACCGAAUGUUAGAGGUAAGCCUUCAAUCAGUAAGACUUCUCUACCAAAUCAACCUGCUGAAAACCAAGUAAUGAAGGAAUUUGUUGAAUACAAUGAUCUAAAGGAAGAUAAUUUUCCAAUUCAAUUCUGUAUAAUAUUCCAUUCAAUAACAACAUGUUCCAUAUUUGUAAAUUAACAUUCACAAAUGUUAUGGUAUAAAAGGCUUCCAUGAAAUUCUUGCUUAUUAUGAAGUUUUAUUGACCUAUUUUAGUAGAGAUGUACAGGAAGUAGAAUAUGACUGGAAUUGCAGCACUGAUGACAUUUCCAUUUUUAGCUUUUUUUGGGCUCAUUAAGAAUUCUCAUAAAUGUUAAGUUCCCUUUCUUUCUUCUGCCUACCCUUGACCCCAAAAUCCAAUAAUUAUGAAUACCAGUGCGUUGACUAUUUUGAUGCAACUCAGCUAAAAUUCAUCAAGUUUGAGCGUCAGUUUGCUGUCGAAUCAUCUUCAUGUCUGUUCAUGAAACUAAAUUGGCCACCCCAUGUGCAGGGAGAGCUGGUGUUGCUGAUUUAACAAUUGUGACGUUGGUUAAAAUGCUGGUUAGGGCAGGACAACAUGAACCUAUUUACAAGUCAGAUUUUAAUUUUUUUUCUUGUCCUGAUUAAAUCUUCCUUACACAAACUAUAAAAUCUGUAAUCUGCAACUUUUCUCAUUUACCAUCCCUUGAAAACAAAACAAAGUUCAGGUAAGCUAAUUAAUGUUUUUGAUAGCAACCUUUUAAAAAGAAAUACAUUUCAUGUUAGAUUCCUGGAGUUCAGUCUAUGGAAUUGUGGAAAAUAUUGCACAAACCUGACUUGCACUUGUUCUUUUAAUGUUACAAUACAGCCCAAGUUAAUUUAUAUAAAUUCCUCUAAAAUCUGUAUACAAUAAUGGUCGAUCUUGCUGUCCAUCCCUCUGACAGUAUUCUGGAACAAAACUUUAACCCUCUGUAAUAUGUUGCACUUUAAACCCACGAGCUGAACACUCUGAUCUCUUUCCUCUGAACUACCUGUAGAAAUGCAGUGAGAAACAAAAAUUAAUCGACAUGUUUUUAAAUCCUCCAUUUGAUUGGAUGUGUCAGUACAGGUUUGACUUCUCAAUAGUGCAUUCGCUCUCAUAAUCUUUCAAUAUUAGACCAAAAAACCAUGAAACCUCCACAUGAAUGUAAAUACAAGGUGCAUGUUAAAGAAACAAUGUUUCUCCUGAUCAACUCCUUCAUUUUUUUUUGUCUGGUUAGAAAUGCCCACAGUCACAGGCUGGUGCACUUAACUUUGUGUUUGAUGGACCUUACGGUGUAUCUGUUCACCAUAAUACCCAAGUGUCCCAUCCUCCAGCACUAAUGUCCACCUCAACUUGACAAGUGCAAAAUACACUUGAAAAAACACUUGAGCUUCCUUCCAAUUUACUCUUAGCUUCUUCCCACAACAAGCUGUAAAUGGAGAUGUCUGGGCGAUGAAGAAAGAUGUACUUCAUACAGACAAUCACGUAACAAUAACUUGUGCGUGUAACGCACACACUCAACUACAGAGAAACUACAGAACCAAUGGUUCAUGUCUUGUGGAGCCAAUUAAUUGAUGUAAAUAAGCUAACUUUGUAUGAGAAGUUGUACCUUUGACAAACUUGUACUUUUUUUUGCUGUCUUUUAAAUGUAUAUGUACUAAAAAUGCUUAUUCAUAUUAGAUGAGCUAUUGAACUAGUGGAUGGAAUACUAUUUUUUAAUUUUUACACAAGAACUUUUCACGAGAAAAGUUUCAAAUGAAUUUCUACAGAAAAGUAUUUUUGAAGAUUGUGA